AUGGCUCCUUCUAUUUACGUAAGACCUCCGCCUAGACCUUCUUCUCUCGAUCGUGCACACCUUCCGCCUCCAACAUCCGCGCUCCGGUCCCGUCACCGCCGCCAGCCCCCUUUGCUUCCAACUCCGUCAAACUCGAAGACAACAUCAUCAUUCGCUGCCUCUUCCGCCAUAGGUAUUGUUGCUUCCGUCUUCCCCACAGCCACCCCCUGGAGCAAUCGAUUUCAUGGUUUGAUGUUUGGAGAAAUCGAUUUCGAGCCUUUCUCCUCCAUCUCCGAUUCGUGUCCGCCGCCCCCGCUAGCUCCUCUCUACCUCCGGCAGCUUCAACAACCCUGCCUCCGCUUCCGCCAGCUUCUACAGGGUCCAUCGACUUGGCUUGUUCUUUUCCAUUUGCGCUGUUUCUUGUCAUCUGUUCUUCACCAUCGACUCCAUCUUCUUCAUCAAGUUGCUUCAACAACCGAUUCCCGAUUUCGAACUGCAACAAAAUCUAUUUCAGGGAAUCUCAUCAGACUCACUAGCAACUCAAACGAGUAA